AUGCCCAUUUCCUACGACAAGUGGGACAGGCUCGAGGUGUCGGACGACUCCGACGUCGAAGUACACCCGAAUGUCGACACAAAGAGCUUCAUCAGAGCCAAGCAGCACCAGAUCCAUGAGCAGCGAGCCCAGCGAAAGCAUGAAAUAGAGACUCUCAAAUACGAACGAAUCAUCAACGACGGACUCCUCGAACGUAUCAAUGCCCUGUUGGACGCACUGAAAAGGCAUCAGGAAGAUGCAAACAAGAAAAACCCGGACGAGGUUGUGUUUCAGAGUUUGAUCGAGAGCGCCGGGGAUCCUGCCAAAGAUGAACCGCCCAAACCUCCCGAGGGUGUCUACACACACCAGAAAGAGCAGCCCCGGUAUUCUAAGAUGAUCGGCGUUCUGGUCGACCAAGUGAAGAAAGAGGUCGACGAAAAGAAAGACACAUCCACAGAUCGAUAUGCAGACUUCUUGCAGGGGGUGAAUAGCCAUCUCACCAAGGUCCAGAAGCUGCAGCAGGACCUCCUGAAGCGACUGGCGCAGCUGGAGAAGGAGGCGACCGCGAAAAUCACGAGCGAGGAUAUCCAUUUCGGUUUCGAUUCGACUCACAUCAACAAAUCCAAGCCAGCUCCAGCCCCUGCUGGGAAGACAAAAGCGAAGGAGAAAACCAAGACUGAGACUGUCGAACUGCUCAACGCACCCAAGGGUCUAACCUCACAGACACGGGAUGCACUCAAAUCUGGCGAGGGCGCUGUUUCCUCUGGCGCAGAGGCCGAUAUUGAAGACGACGCUUUACUGGAUAAACACGAAGAUGAGGAAGAAGAUGAGGCAAGCAUGAAGCUCACGCCCGAGGGUAAACAGUUCGCAAAGAUCAAACUUGGAGACUACCGGGCGUGCCUACAAUUCAUUUCAGAGCAUCCGAACAUCGUCAACGAGGAGACUCAAAAUGCCCUGAUGGUCGAAGCUCUGAAUGCUCAGAUUGAAGGGCAAAAUACUUACGCCAAAACCUGCGUUCAUCAGAGUCUCCUGAUCCAAUAUUGCCGCCAGUUGGGUCGGGACGGUGUCGGGUUGUUUUUUAAGCGAAUCACCACCAAGGGCCACCAAGCGCAGCAAGUGUUCAACAAGGACCUGGCUGAGACGUACGAGAGGAUCAAAACGUCUGCAGCCCGACUGCAGAAUGAGCAAGGAGCCUCCUCCGCAGGUGAAGAACAGAUACAGCUUCAUGCCGUCGAUCCUGGAACGGAGAUCACUAUCAACGUGCCACAGGCCGACUCGGAUGACCCAGUCGAACAGGAGGCACGCAAGAUCUUCGAGCGUUUCCCCCCAGGACUACAGCGUGCGUUGGAGAGCAGCAGCCUAGAUGAGGUCAACAAAGUUCUGGGCAAAAUGAGUGUAGAUGAAGCUGAAGAGAUUGUGGAGUUGCUAGGUCAAGGCGGCAUGCUCAGUCUCCAGGAGGGAUUGAUUGACGCCACGAGCGAAGAGGGUCAAAGGAAGCUGAAAGAGAUUGAGGAGGAGGAAAGACGGAGGAAAGAGGCAGAGGGGUUGGGUGAGCCUGGGGAGGCUGUAAGCUCAUAA